AUGGUUUUAAUAAAAACUUUAGAACAAGCCCAAAAAGUAUUGGAAACUAAAAAUAAAGAAUUAAAGCAAAAUAACGAAAAGUUACAUUCACAAUGCAAUUUUUUAGAAGAAAAGAUUAAAGAGCGAGAAGAAGAAACCAAAACCAAGCAAGAAACAAUUAAUAAUUUAGAAGAAAGGAUUAAAGAGCUAGAAGAAGAAACCAAAACCAAACAAGAAACAAUUAAUAUUUUAGAAGAAAGGAUUAAAGAACGAGAAGAAGAAACCAAAACCAAGCAAGAAACAAUUAAUAAUUUAGAAGAAAGGAUUAAAGAGCGAGAAGAAACCAAACCGAGCAACUUUCUAUUAAAAUUGCUUGAAGCUAGGCAAGAAAAAAUUAAGGAAUUAAGUAUGUCAGCAUUAAAACAAGAAACUGAAUUCCAAGAAAGAAUCUUUAAUCUUAACUCCCUUCAAUAA